AUGGAGAUGAUCAUUUGUGGUGCUGAUGAUGCUGCCACCACUACUACUGAUGAUAAUGGCAAAGGUGAUGAUCAUGAUGCCAAAAAUAGUGAUGGUGAUUGUCAUGAUGCUGGUGAUGGAGUAAAGUAUAAUGCUCAACGCCACCGAAACGACUGUCCAACAGGCAGCAGCCAGGAUGGCAAAGUGACGGGGCAUAAAGCCGGAGCGUUGGCAAGGGUGGCUCCCCAGGGCUCCCCAGGCCCAGGGGCACGGAGCCAGGAGCAGCAGCUAAAUGGCCUGGUGCUUCUGGUGAGAGACCAGGCAAAGCCUGGGCCAGAGGGUGGCCGCGUCCAGCUCCGGCAGCGCCGGAGGAGGCUUCUCAUCAAGAAGACACCCAUUGUCAUUGCUCUAAACAGCUCCACCGUCACCCUGGCUCAGCUGGGCCCCCAGGAAGGGGGAGCCCCCGAGGGUCACUGGCGCCGCCUCUACCAGGUGCAGCAUGAGCGAAAGAGGAUCAUGAGAGACACGUGCGCCAAAUACAAGAGCAACAGUCGCAGGGUCGUCACGCCCUACCACGUGUCCCGCAUCUUUGUGGAGGACAAAUCCCGAGUCUUGUACUGCGAGGUGCCAAAGGCUGGCUGCUCCAACUGGAAACGGGUCCUGAUGGUCCUCAGCGGGCUGGCCUCUUCCACCAGGGACAUCCAGCACAACACCGUCCACUAUGGCAACACUCUGAAGAGGCUGGACGGCUUCGACCGCCAGGGCAUUUCCCACCGCCUCAACACCUACACCAAGAUGCUGUUCAUCCGGGAACCCUUUGAGAGGCUGGUCUCUGCUUUCCGAGACAAAUUUGAGCACCCCAAUAGCUACUAUCACCCAGUUUUUGGCAAGGCCAUUCUUGCCCGGUACCGGAUGAAUGCCACCCGGGAGGCUCUAAGGACGGGCUCGGGGGUGAGGUUCUCCGAGUUCAUCCAGUACCUGCUGGAUGUGCAUCGGCCGGUGGGCAUGGACAUUCACUGGGACCAUGUCAAUAGACUGUGCAGCCCUUGUCUCAUUGACUAUGACUUUGUGGGCAAGUUUGAGAGCAUGGAGGAAGAUGCCAACUUCUUCCUGCGCCUCAUCGGUGCCCCCCAGAACCUGACCUUCCCCAGGUUCAAAGACAGGCAUUCAAACGAGGAGCGGACGACCACGAGGAUCGCCCACCACUACUUUGCCCAGCUGUCGCCCCUACAGAGACAGCGCACCUAUGACUUUUACUACAUGGAUUACUUGAUGUUCAACUACUCCAAGCCCUUCGAUGACCUGUAUUGACGGCUGAGGUGGAAGGGCAAAGGGUCUGGGUUGGACCUGCUUCAGGGGCAGGGUCUGGGUCUCAUGUAGGACCUGGUCUGGAAGGACUAUGUUUCUUCAUUCUGGGAGCUGGCAUUCCCAGAAACACUCUUUGUAUUCCCUCAUUCUGGGAGCUGGUGUUUCCCAGAACACCUGCCCUUCCCAGAAAGACUUGUCUAUGGAGACUGUGUCCAAGACAGAAAGAUUGUGGGAGCUCUAGUUCCCUUUCAGACAUCGGUGCCGUGGCUAUAUUCAUCUGUGAACUAAGUGAUAGCAGCAGAAGUUUGUGAGUAAGCACAUCAGGGAGCCAUGCAGGGCAGGGAACUCAGCCCCUGUUUUUGUCUAAGGCUAACAGUGAAGCCCCUGGAGUGCAGUUUGGGUUUGAGGUAGCAGUUGUAAAGGCACAGCCCCAUGGUGUCCCGACCAGCUGGGUUCUUGGAGAGCUCAAGGAACCAUGAGCCAGAGGGGUCUGAGACUGGAGGAAUCGGAGGCUGAGGCUCUGCAGGUGGGGAGGUGGGGAGGGAAUUCUCAGAUCCCAUAUUCCGUUUUCCUUUGGCUCUGCAGGCAGAGAUCCCUGUGGAAUUGGGUUCUCA